UUACAGUUAGCUUAAGUUAGUGUGUUUGUGUAUAGGAAUGUGUUGUCCCGAUAUUGUCAGACAGUGUACACUGACAGGAUCCACUUCAAUGAUGGUGAGUGGAUAAUUUUAAAUUUUCUUUAUAACUGUCCCACUAGUUAAUUUAUUUUGUAAAAAUAAGUCACUCUAUACGCACUUGGCGAAUUGAUAGAUAAAUAUAUGCUCUUUUGAAUGUACACAAUGGCUCUAUAUAACGUGCAGCAAACAUAACAGAACAGCGGCUGCAGAACAAAAGAGACGUGACAGAAAAUCCCUGGUUAACUUUGCAACUGGAGAUGUUACAUCAAUCGCCUGCACUUACUGCACAGGAACAUGUCGUGCCAGAAACGGUCUCAUCAGCCAUCUUCGCACCCACAGCCAAGUUCAAAUCUGGCAUAUACGGUGAUUAAGGAGGUCAUGGUCUAUUUGCAUUAUCGAACUCUAAAUAUUUAGAAGAAUAGAUAAUAUACUAAUAAACAGAAUGAUAAGUGUUCACGAGAAGCGUUACAUGGUUUUUUGACAAGAAGUCAACGGUGUCGGGUUGAGCUCCCGGUAUCGGGUUGAGCUCCCGGUGUCGGGUGGAGCUCCCGGUGUCGGGUGGAGCUCCCGGUAUCGGGUUGAGCUCCCGGUGUCGGGUGGAGCUCCCGGUGUCGGGUGGAGCUCCCGGUGUCGGGUGGAGCUCCCGGUGUCGGGUGGAGCUCCCGGUGUCGGGUUGAGCUCCCGGUGUCGGGUUGAGCUCCCGGUGUCGGGUGGAGCUCCAGGUGUCGGGUGGAGCUCCCGGUGUCGGGUUGAGCUCCCGGUGUCGGGUUGAGCUCCCGGUGUCGGGUGGAGCUCCCGGUGUCGGGUGGAGCUCCCGGUGUCGGGUGGAGCUCCCGGUGUCGGGUUGAGCUGCCGGUGUCGGGUGGAGCUCCCGGUGUCGGGUGGAGCUCCCGGUGUCGGGUUGAGCUCCCGGUGUCGGGUGGAGCUCCCGGUGUCGGGUGGAGCUCUAUGGAUGAAGUCAAAUACAUGUAGACGUAAUUUAAUGGACAUGAGCUUAUUAAUCAGGUAAUGAUCUGUGUCCAUUUUGAUGAGCCAGGUGUUUUAUAAUGGCAGCCUCAUCAGUUUGAGUUAUCUCUUAUCAAAAGGAAAUUCCCAAAACAUUUAUCUUAAAUUAGCUCCCACAUUCUACCGAAUGAUGUAGCAAUAAGAAAAUGUUUAACAAAAAAUAUUUUACAAAAUAUUAUAAUAUCUAUUAAUAAUUAAUUUACAUUUUGAAAACACAUAUAUCGAAACAGAGAAUUACUAAAAAAUAAUAUUUUUGCCGAUUUGUCGCUAUCACAGCCCAAUAACAUUGGAUCACCUAAUUGACUAGUGUGCAACGUUUAAGAUCAGGAAAGGAGAUGUUUAAAUAAAGUAAAUUAACUGUAAAAAUAACUUUAGCUUAUCGUUGUCAUAGCUCUUAGCUGCAUUGACCACCUGACUUUUAAUUCAUUUGUUUUUGUUCUUUUAAUUGUUAUACUGUGGACUUAUUUUAAGAAAAAGAAAUCCAUCGUGGAAUUUGGGAGGGAGGAGGGGGGGUUGACACCGUGCGUUAGCUGCACGAGAAAUACUAACUCUAGCUACGCCACUUGGUGAGAGCACCACUAUGGUGUGGAAGACCGAGGAAAUUCUUACAACUUUUACUACACCUCACUUCUGCUCCCCACUUUCCUUAUUUAACAGGACUCACACCUAUAUUUAACUUAAAGCAAAUUUGUAAAGUCUUCUCAUCCCUUCUUUUAUAAGUUUUCAUUUGCUUAUUUUCUUUGUGUUUGUUCGAAUUAAUAUUUGGUUUUGUUUUUUGCGUAUUUAAAUGGGUUAGCCCAACCUUGCAAAUCCACCCAAAGCACAACCUGGCAAAGCCUCACGAAGCACCGACUGGCAAAGCCUCCCAAAGCACAACCUGGCAAGCAUUUCCCGAAAAACCAACUGGCAAGCCCUUCAAAGCACAAUUUGGCAAAUUCUCCCGAAGCACAACGUGGCAAAACCUCCCGAAGCACGACCUGGCCAAACCUACUGGAGAACAACCUGGCAAAAACCUCCCGGAGCACAACCUGGCAAAACCUCGUGAAGUGCCACCUGGCAAACCCACUCAAAGCGCCAGGAUGGUCGCUAAUGAGCACAUUUUUUUUUUAAAUUCCGUCACACAUCCCCACAAUGAUGGUGAAAUUAAUCUGUUUUAACUCUUCUUCUAGUUUUGAGUGAUUUGUGGAAUAAAGAAAAUAUGUGAGGGUUUAAAAAUUAUUUAUUUUUUAUCACGACUUCAAUAAUUAACAUAAACAGGGAUAAGGGGAUGUGUGUCGAUACAAGACCAAGUCAUUCAAAAGAUCAAGUCAUUCAAAAGAUCAAGUCAUUCAAAAGAUCGAGUCAUUCAAAAGAUCGAGUCAUUCAAAAGAUCGAGUCAUUCAAAAGAUCGAGUCAUUCAAAAGAUCAAGUCAUUCAAAAGAUCAAGUCAUUCAAAAGAUCGAGUCAAUCAAAAGAUCAAGUCAUUCAAAAGAUCGAGUCAUUCAAAAGAUCGAGUCAUUCAAAAGAUCGAGUCAUUCAAGAGAUCAAGUCAUUCAAAAGAUCAAUUCAUUCAAAAGAUCAAGUCAUUCAAAAGAUCGAGUCAUUCAAAAGAUCGAGUCAUUCAAAAGAUCAAGUCAUUCAAAAUAUCAAGUCAUUCAAAAGAUCGAGUCAUUCAAAAGAUCGAGUCAUUCGAAAGAUCGAUUCAUUCAAAAGAUCGAGUCAUUCAAAAGAUCGAGUCAUUCAAAAGAUCGAGUCAUUCAAAAGAUCAAGUCAUUCAAAAGAUCGAGUCAUUCAAAAGAUCAAGUCAUUCAAAAGAUCAAGUCAUUCAAAAGAUCAAGUCAUUCAAAAGAUCGAGUCAUUCAAAAGAUCAAGUCAUUCAAAAGAUCGAGUCAUUCAAAAGAUCAAGUCAUUCAAAAGAUCAAGUCAUUAAAAAGAUCGAGUCAUUCAAAAGAUCAAGUCAUUCAAAAGAUCGAGUCAUUCAAAAGAUCAAGUCAUUCAAAAGAUCGAGUCAUUCAAAAGAUAAAGUCAUUCAAAAGAUCGAGUCAUUCAAAAGAUCGAGUCAUUCAAAAGAUCAAGUCAUUCGAAAGAUCGAUUCAUUCAAAAAAUCGAGUCAUUCAAGAGAUCAAGUCAUUCAAAAGAUCAAUUCAUUCAAAAGAUCAAGUCAUUCAAAAGAUCGAGUCAUUCAAAAGAUCGAGUCAUUCAAAAGAUCGAGUCAUUCAAAAUAUCAAGUCAUUCAAAAGAUCGAGUCAUUCAAAAGAUCGAGUCAUUCGAAAGAUCGAUUCAUUCAAAAGAUCGAGUCAUUCAAAAGAUCGAGUCAUUCAAAAGAUCGAUUCAUUCAAAAGAUCGAGUCAUUCAAAAGAUCGAGUCAUUCAAAAGAUCGAGUCAUUCAAAAGAUCAAGUCAUUCAAAAGAUCGAGUCAUUCAAAAGAUCAAGUCAUUCAAAAGAUCAAGUCAUUCAAAAGAUCAAGUCAUUCAAAAGAUCGAGUCAUUCAAAAGAUCAAGUCAUUCAAAAGAUCGAGUCAUUCAAAAGAUCAAGUCAUUCAAAAGAUCAAGUCAUUAAAAAGAUCGAGUCAUUCAAAAGAUCAAGUCAUUCAAAAGAUCGAGUCAUUCAAAAGAUCAAGUCAUUCAAAAGAUCGAGUCAUUCAAAAAAAAAAUCAUGUUACAUAAAGAAAACGUGGAUUAUGGAUUGUAUCAGAAGUGGAUUUUGUAAAUGACGAUGACCUUGAUGAAAGUUGCAGUUUUGAUUUUAAACAAAUAUUUACAUCAUAAUGUCACCCCACCCCACUUAAAAUCGUUCCGAUUAGAUAAUUUACAUCAAGAACAUCGGACAUUGUGUGUCCCUUUCAAUCAUAAAUCUACUAUAUAAUGUGCAUAUCCAGACAUUCUAGUUGAAUUUGAGAAAUUUUGGUUAAUCAAACUUUAAAGAAAAAUAUAAAGAUUCUAGUAGUAUUAAAAUUGCUACAUGUCAAACUUCUUUUUUCUUUUUAUAAUUUUCCUCUUUCACUAAGAAUAAGAAAAAAAAGAAUCGUAUUUCUAAUUCUAAUUGCGAAGUCCCUCUAUCAAGUCUAAAUUGUUUCCCUUUAAAUGUUUACAUAUACGUGUAACAAUAACCAUUUUAUAUUGUCCCCACUUUCACUAACAUUUGUCUCAUCAGAUGCUGGCUGUCACAAGAUCAUCAAGUCAUUAAUCAUGUCAAGUCAAGGAAACGAUGGAGAGUGUCAGUUAGAAGUGGACUUUGUGGAUGAAGGCGACCUAGAAGGACGUUUCAAAUCAUGUCCGAAAAAUCCUGAUCACAAACAAUUUUUGUCAUUGACAUCUUUAAAAUUAGAUGAUUUACCUGAACAUCACCAGACACCGUGUAGCUUAGAUUUUAUUUAUUAUAUGGCACAGUUCACUGUGAGGUUAGUUGUAGAUUUCAUCAGUCCUGACAGACCAUGUGAUUGUGGACAUGAAAACACAAGUCAAGACAGACAAUGUAAAUGUUUAAGGGGAAAUAUCAGACACGUAGGAAGUGGUUUGGUUACAGGACUGGCUGGACCUGAUCAAAUAAAUCCUGACGUCAGAGACUCCACAAAAUCCUAUUUUAUACUGGUCACAGCCGCACAUGUUAUAUUUGACACAAGUGAAGCCCAGAGGACAGAGAUUGAAUUUUUUUAUGAUGAUCCACAUGACAGGAGUUCUGUGAGAAAAGCUUUUGGUUUGAGAGUUUUAAAUACAAACUUAGAAGCUGACUUUAGUGAAGUGCUCUGUCUUACUGAGGAUCACGUGAUUUCUGAAAAAUUUAAUAAUGGCAUUUUUGGUAAAAUCAAUAAAAUUUCACCACCGAUUUUGUCUCCUAGCGAUUCGUCCGAAAUCGUUCCUCUGAUAGAAAGACCUACAAUUGUAGAGAAAAACGUUCUAAAGGAACAUGAGACAGUGUCUCAGGAUUUAGUUUUUCACAUCUCCCAUCCACACGGGAGAUCAAAGACAGUGACUUUAGGUAACAUUGUUAGUGCAGACACACGUAAUGGACAUUACAAAAUAAUUUAUAGACUGGCAACAUGUCCAGGGUCGUCUGGUGGACCUGUCUUUGUCAUUCCAGCAAAUAUAUAUGGCAUAAACUAUACUUUUAAGAAUGUAGAUGCUAUUUUUAGUGUCCCACACUCAAGACAUCAUGGCAAUGAGUUGAACAAAAGUUCAUCGUGGACUGUGUAUUUUUCUGAUCACUAUGAAUUGACUAAAAAACCUAAGUCGUCUGCGGAAGAUCAAAAUCAUUGUAAUAAAAAUGGAUUUAGGUUAAGUUUAUUGGAUGUUGAAGAUUUGCCAUUAGAAUACCGCAAUUAUCAACAUUUACAUUGUAUUAAAUUUUUCUCUAAAUUUACAGUUGGGAUCCAUUUUUUAAAUGAUUCAACAUUCGAUUCAAAAAACAUGGCAAGUGGAUUUAUUACCAGACUCGCUAACGAUGAUGAUAUAAGACCAGACUUGGAAGACACAAAAAAGACAUAUUUUAUAAUGGCCACAGAUGCACAUAUUAUUUCUGAUACAAGUCAAGCCAAGAAGACAGAGAUUAAUUUCUUAUGUGAUGAUCUGCAAGACAUGAGUUCUGCGAGGAAAGCUUUUGGUUGGAGAGUUUUGAAUUCAUACAAAGCAGCUAAUGUUAUUGAAGUUCUCUGUGUCACCGAAGAUCAAGUUAUAAGUUCAAUGUUAAAGGAACAUUUUUUAGAUCUGUCAACUAGCAAUCCUCAAACUUCUGUUAUUUCUAUGUUAAUGGACCAUUUUGGAAACCACCACUGUUGAAGUCCCAAAAUUGUGUAAGUCAGUUUACAAAAGCUUUGAAGAGAUGUCUUACUGGUUCAAGCGUAAUUUUGGGAGUUACUAGAGAUCAUUUUACUAACGAAAUUAUAGAGAGGGAAUAUUUUCUUUUUGAAGUUUACAUAUGUUUAAACACAGCCUUUGAAAGACUUACUCUCAUAACUUUAUUUAAAGACACCGACAACUUUGCCUCACAUAGUUUGUUACGUGUAUGUGAAGAAGUACAUCAUUUAACAGAUUCUGUAACAUUUAAAUCACAUUUUUUGGAUUAUGUAACGUGUCUUGAUAAUUGUUUGAAAGCCAAAUCAGAUCUGAAAGACAAAUGUUUGUCUUCCUAUUCAAAUCAAAGGCGUACGCAUUUAAUAGAAACCAUUAAAGACACAAGCAAAGAGCUGUUCUGUGAAAUCAUGCAGAGACAAAAAUACAAAAUUAUCUUCCAAAUCUCACACCAUGGAACGAAAGAAAUUUCCUUUGAUAAAGUAAAUCUAACAGAUGGUAAGAGGGCAACCAACAGAUGGUAUGAGCAUAAUAAUUCCCCUGUCUUUACCAUCCAUAGGGACGUCUUAUAUAAGGCUAAUGAAGUUGAGUCGAAUUUGUCUGAUAUAAGUUCGUGGCUUCAUGGCUCUGAAAUUGAUCAAUCUAUCUCUGGAUGGUUCAAUGAAAAGUAUAUUCGGGCAACCAUUUCUUUACUACAUGGCAACAUUGCGAGCCAUCUGAUAAGGUUCUCGGAGGAUCAGCUUUAAACAAAAUUAUCUGACUGACGACAUAAGUACUUUAUUUGUGAUGGCAUGAGACCAAUUUGUAUUUAUGAGGUUCAAAAAACGUUUGAAGAAUUACUCUAGCAAUCUUAUUUACCAAAACUUUUUCUUUUUUGUGAAGUUUUUUUAAAACAGAUGACAAACAAAAAAC